GUUCCACGCCAUCAUCUGCCAUUUUGGCUGAAGCUGCUUUGUUGGUGGUAGGUUGAAAGUGCGUCUAGACAAAUUGCAGUGGAAAUGGUAAAGAUGGACCACGAGGAAGGUGGAAAAACGGAGCCUGAACAUAUCCGGAAACUUUUCAUUGGAGGACUUGAUUACAGAACAACAGAUGAAUCUUUGAAGAAACAUUUUGAACAAUGGGGAGAAAUUGUGGAUGUUGUUGUAAUGAAGGAUCCAAAAACAAAACGGUCAAGAGGUUUUGGUUUUAUUACAUACUCCCGAGCACAUAUGGUGGAUGAUGCACAAAAUGCUCGUCCACAUAGGGUGGAUGGAAGGGUUGUGGAGCCUAAGCGAGCUGUACCUAGACAGGAAAUCGGACGUCCAGAGGCUGGAGCCACCGUAAAGAAGCUUUUCGUUGGUGGCUUGAAGGAGGAUAUGGAAGAAGAAGACCUUCGAGAGUAUUUCAAAGAUUUUGGACCGAUAGUGUCAUGUGCUAUUGUUACGGAUAAAGAGACUGGCAAAAAGCGAGGGUUUGGGUUUGUUGAGUUUGAGGACUAUGACCCAGUGGACAAAAUAUGUUUACAAAGAACUCAUCAAAUCAGAGGGAAGCAUAUUGAUGUUAAGAAGGCUUUAAGCAAGGCAGAAAUGGCGGGCCAGGGUCCUGGUGGCCGAAGUGGUGGUGGCGGCGGCGGAGGUGGUGGUGGCCGUGGAGGAUCUCGUGGGGGUGGCGGCGGUGGAUCAUGGGGUGGACGUGGAGGUGGUGGUGAAUGGAAUGCAGGUGGUGGCUACAACAGUGGUGGAUGGGGAGGUGGUGAUCCAUGGGAAAACCAGGGUGGUGCAGGUGGUGGAUGGGGCCAGGGAGGUGGCCAGUACAACAGUGGAGGCGGAAAUUGGAGCAGCGACAACUUCGGUGGUGGCUACCAGCAGAAUUAUGGUGGUGGUCCUGUUAGAGGGAAUUUUGGAGGCAGUGGUGGAGGCCGGCCAAGUCCAUACUCAGGUGGUGGUGGUGGAGGCUACAGCGCAGGAGGUGGUGUUGGUGGAUAUGGUGGAGGUGCACGACGUUAUUAAGUCAUGCAGAAAGCAUUUAACUCCGCUUGGCACUGUGGUUCUACUACCGUACCUUAGGGCUAUCUGACAGGGCAGGCAUAGUGAGGAAGGCAAUGCAAAGCAGACGAGGCAGGCUAAAUGAGACACAGGGCGAAGGCAGGAUUUAGCAAGCAGUUUAGCCGACCCAUUCAGCAUUGCCCAGGCAUAUGGGGACACAAUAUAGGCCAUCCUUACAGCCAGUAGUCACAUGAAGACACAAGUGUUGUAUUCUUGUCAGUGGUUUAAAGUUUUUUUAACAGAUUGCACAUAAACAGUGUUAAAAUGAAGUAAAAGCAUAAAUAAUAGGAUUUAAAGUAAUAUUGCACGCAAACCAAAAUGUAAAUUGAACUGCGUUUAUUGUAUGUGGUGGUUGCGUGUUAUAUAUCCACAUGUUUUUUUUAAUUAGUGUCUUUAUUUCAUUCGUGCAUUGUUUCAACAAUGGUGAAAGAAAUGGCAUGUUGAAUUUCUCCUGCUUCUUGGUAUAUAGGUGUUCAAAAGCAACAUACAUCAGUGACUUUGAAGAUUUGAUUUGUGUUUCUCACUAAGUAUCACAUUGUGUCAAUUUUCUAUUCCCCAACAAAUACAUAUUUACUAUACAGAAUAUUUUAGUAGUCUUGUAUUCAGAUGUGUAUCAGUAUUAAAUAUAAUAUAUGCAUAAUAUAAAUGGGUGUAGUGGGACAAAAGUACUGUUACUUUAAUGUAUGUAAGGUGAUUUGCUGUGUAGAGAUGUAUUUUUUGGUGUUUUAUUUCUGGACAGAUAUGCCCACUUCAGGUUUAGAAGAUUUUGCUAAUGGUCAUCAGUGCUUUGUUAGAUUUCAAAUUUAUAUAGAUUAAGGUCCAUUUCUGUUCUCAGUAUCUUAGGUCUUGCACAUCAAAAGAGAUGAUAUUUGUAUCAAAUGAAAUAGUUUGUCUUCAUUACUGAAAUUCCCUGAGUUGUUCUAAGUUUUAAGCGUGUGCUUAUUUAUUGUAAUGUAUGAAAGAGCAGUAACUAGACAUGUAGAAGAGACCCAUCCUGGAUGUGCUGAAAUGUUCAACAAAAGUAACUGCAUUCUACAAGAAUUUUUCCCUUUCCUAAAAUUUUAUGUUAUGACUGCUGAAUAUGCUUGCCUUUUGUUUGAAUUGUAUACUGAUUAUUCUAGGAGUGUUGGCCACAUUGAAAGUAAGGGAUGCUUGCUAACAUUAGGUAGGAAGUUCAGUACUUAUGUAGUAUGGGUUAAAUUCUGUAAGUUUAUUUGCAAUUAAAUCUCUCACCACGUA